GCCCGGGGCGGGGAGACGCGAGCGCGGCUACCUCGGGACCCCGGACCCCCUCGGGCCCGGCUGGCCCGGAAGAACUGAGGCCGCGGCCACCCCGCCCGGCUCCCGCCGCCGCUGCUGCGUGGGAGGAAGAUGUGCUCCAGGAUCCCCCUGCCACCGCUGCCCCUGCUGCUGCUCCUGCUGCUGGCCCCGGGCCCUGGGGUGCAGGGCUGCCCUCUGGGCUGCCAGUGCAAUCAGCCACAGACGGUCUUCUGCACUGCCCGCCAAGGAGCCACAGUGCCCCAGGACGUGCCACCUGACACGGCCGACCUGUACAUCUUUGAGAACGGCAUCACCACACUCGAUGCGGGCAGCUUUGCCGGCCUGCCGGGCCUGCAGCUCCUGGACCUAUCGCAGAACCAGAUCGCCAGCCUGCCUGGCGGCGUCUUCCAGCCGCUCGCCAACCUCAGCAACCUGGACCUGACGGCCAACAGGCUCCGAGAGAUCACCAAUGAGACCUUCCGCGGCCUGCGGCGCCUCGAGCGCCUCUACCUGGGCAAGAACCGCAUCCGCUACAUCCAGCCGGGCGCCUUCGAUGCCCUGGACCGCCUCCUGGAGCUCAAGCUGCAGGACAACGAGCUGCGGGCACUGCCCCCCCUGCGCCUGCCCCGCCUGCUGCUGCUGGACCUCAGCCACAAUAGCCUCCCAGCCCUGGGGCCCGGGACCCUGGAUGCUGCCAACGUGGAGGCGCUGCGGCUGGCCGGCCUGGGGCUGCGGCAGCUGGACGAGGGGCUCUUUGGCCGCCUGCGCAACCUCCACGACUUGGACGUGUCUGACAACCAGCUGGAGCACGUGCCCGCUGUGAUCCGAGGCCUGCGGGGCCUCACACGCCUGCGGCUGGCCGGCAACACCCGCAUCGCCCAGCUGCGCGCCGAGGACCUGGCUGGCCUGGCUGCCCUGCAGGAGCUGGACCUGAGCAACUUGAGCCUGCAGGCCCUGCCGAGUGACCUCUCAGGCCUCUUCCCCCGCCUGCGGCUCCUGGCAGCUGCCCGCAACCCCUUCAACUGCGUGUGCCCCUUGAGCUGGUUCGGCUCCUGGGUGCGGGAGAGCCGUGUCACGCUGGCCAGCCCCGAGGAGACCCGCUGCCACUUCCCGCCAAAGAACGCUGGCCGGCUGCUCCUGGAGCUCGACUAUGCCGACUUUGGCUGCCCGGCCACCACCACCACAGCCACAGCACCUACCACGAGGCCUGCAGCACGGGAGCCCACGCUCUCACCUUCCAGCCCAGCUCCCACCUGGCUCAGUUCCACAGAACCAGCCACCGAGGCCCCCAGCCUGCCGUCCACUGCCCUGCCGACUGUGGAACCUGAACCCUGGCCCCAGGACUGUCCAGCAUCCACCUGCCUCAACGGGGGCACCUGCCGCUUGGGGCCGCAGUACCACCUGGAGUGCCUGUGCGCAGAGGGCUUCACGGGCCUGUACUGCGAGAGCCAGGCAGGGCAGGGGAUGUGGCCCAGCCCCACGCCAGCUGUGCCGAGGCACCCCCAGCCUGCGCCCCUGGGCAUUGAGCCCGUGAGCCCCACCUCCCUGCGUGUGGGACUGCAGCGCUACCUGCAGGGCAGCUCUGCGCAGCUCAGGAGUCUCCGGCUCACCUACCGCAACCUGUCGGGCCCGGACAAGCGACUGGUGACACUGCGGCUGCCCGCCUCGCUCUCUGAGUACACCGUCACUCAGCUGCGGCCCAACGCCACCUACUCCAUCUGUGUCACGCCCCUGGGAGCUGGGCGGGUGCCCGAGGGGGAGGAGGCCUGCGGGGAAGCCCGCACCCCCCAGGCCGUUCGCUCCAACCACUCCCCUGUCACCCAGGCCCGAGAGGGCAACCUGCCACUCCUCAUUGCGCCCGCCCUGGCCGCUGUGCUCUUGGCCGCGCUGGCCGCCGUAGGGGUGGCCUACUGCGUGCGGCGUGGGCGGGCAGCAGCAGUGGCGGCUCAGGGCAAAGCACAGGUAGGGCCAGGGGCUGGGCCCCUGGAGCUGGAGGGGGUGAAGGCCCCCUUGGAGCCAGGACCCAAGGCAAUGGAGGGCAGUGGGGAGGCCCUGUCCAACGGACCCGAGUGUGAAGUGCCACUCAUGGGGUACAUGGGACCCAGCCCCCAGGGGCCCUUGCCUGCCAAGCCCUACAUCUAAGUCCAGGAGUGAGGGGCAGCCAGGGCUGGGCUCUCGGCCUGCACCUCCUGCUGUCACAAGGAAAUUCUCAGUCCCUGCCACUGGGACACAUGGAGGGUGGGGCUGUGUGACCGCAGUCGGUCCCCUUGGGACCUCACCUGCGAGAUGCUGUGUCCUGGGAGAUGAGCUCCAAGCUCCCCCAAGCCCGAGUAUCUGUUGGGGUGGAGUCUGCCCCACCCUCUGCACUGCGCGAUCCAGGGGUGUGGCAGGUCCAGCCACGUGCUGGUAACACAGGCUGGGCCCUGCUGGGCUCCCCUACCGCGUGGAGAUUCUGGGGGCAGUGAAGGAAACCCCCAGAAAGAGCAGAGGGAGAGCAGAGUGAGGGCCGGGGCUGGGGCCCCCAGCCUCAGCCCCAAGAAGCGCAGGCACAAAAGAAACUGGAAAGAAAGAUGCUUUAGGAACACUUUGUUUUCCUUUCGUUGUUUUGUUUUCUAAAACAUAUUUAUAGGAGAUCCUUUCCCAUUUAUUCUGGGAAAACGUUUUUUAAACUCAGAGACAAGGACUUUGGUUUUUGUAAGACAAAUGAUGAUAUGAAGGCCUUUUGUAAGAAAAAUAAAAGAUAAAAUGAAA